AUGAAGUGCACUUAUGCUUAUGUCCAGGAAUGCGACCCUGCUCUACAUACUAGUGAAAAGAGUGAGUCAUCCGUGCUUUGUCGCCGCUCCCACAAGAUGAAUGGUGGUGAAGAGUACACCCGACGUCGUGUCUUCGCUUCAUUACCUCAAACUAAACGGGGCUUUCCCACACUCAUCACAUCAAGCCCCAAUGGUCAGAAAAUCAUCUACUGUAGUGGAAACUCGGUUUUCAUCGUUGACGUCGAGAAUAAUACGGAUGUGGACAUCUACACAGAACAUUCUCUGAAUACAACCGUUGCCAAAAUGAGCCCAUCUGGAUUCUAUAUUGCAUCUGGUGACACUGGAGGAAAUGUUAGAAUCUGGGAUACAACGCAAACUACCCACAUCCUCAAAGCAACUUAUCAGGUGUUUUCUGGUAGUGUGAGAGACAUUGCCUGGAGCGAUGAUAGUAAGCGACUCGCUGCUGUAGGAGAGGGGCGGGAAAGGUUCGGCCAUGUCUUCUUGUUCGACACAGGAACUUCCAAUGGUAAUUUGUCUGGACAAUCCCGGCCUAUGAGUAGCAUAGACUUUCGUCCAGCGAGACCAUAUCGGCUUAUCAGCGGCUCUGAAGACAAUACUGUGGCAAUCUUUGAAGGUCCUCCUUUCAAGUUCAAGACGACCUUCCAUGAGCAUUCUCGGUUUGUUCACGUAACGAAAUACAGCCCCGAUGGUUCUCUCUUCGCUAGUGCCAGUGCCGAUGGAAAGGUAGUGCUUUUCGAGGGAGUUGAAGGUGCGAAAGUUGCCGAGCUGUUGGAUCCAUCCCUCAAGACAGAGGCGGCUCAUUCUGGAAGCGUAUUUGGAUUAGCAUGGUCGCCUUGUGGAAAGAAGAUUGCCACCGCCUCUGCUGACAAAACGGUGAAGAUCUGGAAUGUAGCAGAGAAAGCCCUGGAAAGCACCAUUAAUUUUGGUGAUUCGGUUGAUGAUCAGCAAGUGGGCAUCAGUUGGAGUCCCAAAGCACUUGUUUCCGUGUCGCUCGCUGGAUUCGUAAACUUUAUCGACCCAGCUGGGAAAAUCGCUAAGGUGAAUCAUGGUCACAACAAAGGCAUCACCGCUCUUGCUCUUAGCGAAGACAAGCAGUGGCUAUUCACUUCCGAUUUUGAGGGACAUAUCACGAAGUGGAAUGUCAGUAAUGGCGAGUCGAAAAGAAUUUCUCCACCGCUUCACAAGUCGCAAGUUGUCGGGCUGUCUUUUGUUAAAGAUCAGCUGAUCAGUAGUGCAUGGGACGAUACCGUCCGAUUCACCCAUGACAUUCUUAACUCAGACACACCACGUUCAUCGUCUGUGAAACUGCCUUCACAACCUCUCGAUGUCGUGUCUUCUCAGGAAGGUGGCCUUACUGUUGUUGCUUGUGCUAAGAACAUCAUUGUCUUCAAGGGUGAAACAUUGUCAACCGAUCUCAGCGUAUCUUUCAAUCCCUCAUGUAUUGCACUUUCGAACAAUUUGAUUGCAGUCGGUGGUCAGGAUUCGAAAGUACAUAUCUUCUCCCUCUCUGGCACCAAAUUAAAUGAAGAAAAAACACUGCCCCAUUCAACGCCUAUCACAGCCGUUGCAUUCUCGCCAAAUGGUGAAUACUUGGUCGCCACCGACAGUGGAAGAAAGGUUGUACCAUACUCGGUAAAAGAUGGUUUCACAACCAUCGCUGAAAAGGAAUGGACUUUCCACACUGCGAAGGUCAACUGCGUUGCAUGGAGUACAGACAAUCGCCAUUUGGCAACGGGUGGUUUGGACACCAAUGUCAUCGUAUGGGAUCUGCAGCACAGCGGCGAACACCCAAUAAUUAUCCGAGGAGCUCAUGCAAUGUCGCCUGUCAAUGGUCUCGUGUUUUUGAACAAUAGUGAAUUAUUGAGCGUAGGCCAAGACGCGAACAUCAAGCACUGGAAGAUAAAUCUGGUAUAAUCCUGCCAAUUUUUAAAUUAUAAUUCAUAAUGUAAUAAAUUUUCUGUCUGUUCUGA